GGAUGACCUGAUACUCAUCUGCGGCACGCAUGUCCAGCACGCCGCGGCCAAGACGAGCAGCAAAGCAAACCGUAUUUGUCCCGCGGCGGCCUCUUCGUCCCGCAAGGUCGCCCCACCUAGAUCCGGCCACGCCGCACGUUCCCCUUUUCCGCCGCAGCGAUGGUGUACGUGGAUUCCUGGGACGAGUUCGUGGAGCGGUCCGUGCAGCUCUUCCGCGCCGACCCCAACACCACCCGCUACGUGAUGAAGUAUCGGCACUGCGAGGGGAAGCUCGUGCUCAAGGUCACUGAUGACCGCGAGUGCUUGAAAUUCAAGACAGAUCAAGCUCAGGACGCAAAGAAGAUGGAGAAGCUCAACAACAUCUUUUUUGCUCUGAUGACUCGUGGGCCUGAUGCUGAUAUCAGUGAAGUUUCAGAGAAGGGACAGGCCGAGCAACAGCAACCGAAGAAAGGUCGGGGAAGGAGACAAUGAUGCCGGUCUGGUUCUUAUUUCUUUCAGAAAAUUCACAACUGGAAUGGUGGAUUGACGUUUCAUUGAUUAUUGUUGUCCGCUCUGUAAUGGUACUGGGAAGGAAGUUUUUUCAGUACAGAACCGAGAACAAACUGAAUGCACACUAUCAUGACUUCAUGAUUGAGAAACGCUUAAGCCCUGAAUUUAAAAAAAAUUAUAUUCCGAAUUU